AGCCCACCUCCCCCAAGAAGCCAAAGAGUGUCCCUGAGCCCACACCCAGAAACAUGGAAGUUGACGUCACCUCUCCCCAACCCUCCGAAUGGACUUCAGUGAGGAUCGGCCCUGAGGAAGAUGAAGUUGGGCAGGAUGUACUGGCCGUACGUGUCCUGGUCACCAGUGAGGACAGCAGCUCUGAUGCAGAAUCUGACUAUGGCAGCAUUGGAGCCCCUUGUGCAAAGGCCUGCAAAGGGAGGCCCCAGCUCCCAGAAUCCAUACCUCUAUCAAAGCCCCCAACCCGGCACAGCUCCCUGAGGGAGCCCCUGACUAGACCAGUCUCUCCAGUGCACCACGAGGAGCCACAAGCUAUCCAUGCUCUACAAAGGACCCACAGCCUCCAGUCUCCAGCUCCAAGCAAAUACCAGAACUGGAGAAGAAAAUUCCCGUCCAAUUCAACACCCAUGAACAGAAGAGCACUGUCGCCUCCAAAGGAGCUGCCUCCUCCUCCUCCUCCUCCUCCUCCUCCUCCAUUGUUAUCUUCUUCAUCUUCUCUGCCAGCUUCCUUUUCCUCAGCCAGUGAACCUGGGCACACUUCAGAGAAUGCCUCCUCUCCUCGGGUGCCAGCUUGCAGCCUCCACUCCCUGCCAGUCUCCAGAGGUGAUUUUAGCUCCACUCCACUCUACCUGAGACGUGCCAGGGAUCAAGGGAUCCUGAAGAAAAUGCCUCUCUAUCUGCCUCAUGGCCCCAGGCUGGAGAGCAGAGGCUUGGGGAGCCCCAGUGGAGAAGACCUCAGCAGCCCUGCGGAGAUGGCUUCAGAGGACUACAGGGAAGCACCGGCUCCUCUUGGGAGCACCAAAAGCAUGUACAAAGAUUCCCACCCCAUUGCAAGGGAGGACCAGCUUUUGUCCCAUCAAAACCUAGUUCUAGGGGCUGCAGGGAACCCAAGAGAAGUGAGGGAGAGACCCAGGAGGGAACAGACAGGUGGCCCGGAGCUGUCUGAAGAAAGGAAGUUGGGUUUGAAGAAAUUAGUCCUCACACAGGAGCAGAAAACCAUGUUGCUAGACUGGAAUGAUUCUACCCCUGAGCUCAAGGCUGGGGAGCAACUCUCCCAGGAAAGAGCCGAGAAUGGCAAAGGCCGGAUCCUGAAAUCUUCUACCCCGACUCAGGCAGUGAAAGAGAAACUGCUAUCCCAGACAGGCGCCCCAGAAGAGAUGCGUCCCCCAACUGUCAAGGCGCCCCGGGAACGAGACGUGCCUCCACCCAAGUCUCCCCUAAGGUUCAUAGCAAAGACCAUCCUAAAGUCUCUGCUCCCCCAUUCUGAAGGUGGAAAGAAGACCUGCCCUAAACCGGACUCAAAAGCGUCGCCUCAGGGCCAGCCACAUGCCUUCACACGCUCCUUUAGUUUGCGGAAACCCAGUUCCAAUAAAGAUGGGGACCAGCAGUCUCCAGGGAGACACAUGGCCAAGAAGGCUUCAGCCUUCUUCUCUCUGGCUUCUCCAACAUCUAAGGCUGCCCAGGCCUCAGACCAUAGCCUUCCUGACCCUAUCCUCCGCACCCGGAGUCUGCCCAGUCGUCCAUCCAAGAUGUUCUCUGCAGCCUCAUCCCCACCACCCCGCAGCAAGAUUGAAGACGUCCCUACCCUCCUGGAAAAAGUGAGUUUACAGGAUGCCACUCAAGUUCCAAAGAAAAGAGCCUUGUGUGUCACUUCCCUUGGCCUCAAAGAUAAAUCCUUUGAGAGUUUUCUCCAGGAAUGCAAACAGAGAAAGGACAUUGGGGACUUCUUUAAUAGCCCCAAGGAGAAGGGGCCACCCAGGAACAGAGUCCCAUCCUUGGAGAAGCCGGUCCAGCCUUUUGGCAGCACCUCCCGGGUGCAGGUGGUACAUCCUUCUUCUACAGGGAAAGAUACACGCCUUGGAGCACCAGUGACAGAGCCCACCUCUUCGCCCUCUUCGGACACCUCCUCUUCUGCAGAUGAAGACUUUGACUCCCCGCUUUCCUCCAGGUCAAAGGAGAAGAUACCCAGAAGAAGAAGGAAGCUGGAGAAGCAAUUGGUUAAGCAAGAAGAAUUGAAAAGACUCCAUAAGGCUCAGGCCAUCCAGAGACAACUAGAGGAGGUGGAAGAGCGGCAGAGGACCUCAGAGAUCCAGGGUGUGAAGCUGGAGAAGGUCCUGAGAGGAGAAGCAGCAGAUUCAGGGACACAGGACGAAGCCCAGCUUUUGCAGGAAUGGUUUAAGCUGGUUCUGGAGAAGAAUAAAUUAAUGCGAUAUGAGUCGGAGCUUCUGAUCAUGGCCCAAGAGUUAGAACUAGAAGAUCACCAGAGCAGACUGGAGCAGAAAUUACGGGAGAAAAUGCUCAAGGAUGAGGGCCAGAAAGAUGAGAAUGAUCUAAAGGAGGAGCAAGAAAUAUUUGAGGAGAUGAUGCAGGUGAUUGAGCAAAGAAACAAGCUUGUGGACUCCCUGGAGGAACAGCGGGUCAAAGAAAGAACCCAAGACCAACACUUUGAAAACUUUGUUCUCUCCAGAGGCUGUCAGCUCAGCAGGACUUGAGGUGCCCUUCCCCCACUGGAGCCAGAGAGCCAAGAACACCACACUUUCUCACCCAGGCACUGAAUUUAGGCCUUAUUGCUUAAAAAAGAAAAAAGAAA